AUGGAGAAGAUACUUAGGACUUUAGACUCUAAAUUCAAAUAUAUUAUUCCGACAAUACAAGAGUCUAAAGAUCUCUCCAAAUUUUCUAUUGAUGAGCUGCAAGGUUCUCUGCAAGCUUAUGAACAAGAUAUAAAUAUCAGUUCAAAUCAAGCGGAGAAUCUAGAGCAAGCCUUGCAGAGUAAGAUGACUAUCAAAGAAGAUAGUCAAAGAGGACGUGGAGGCUACAGAGGCGGAGGCUCCUUUCGAGGUGGCUCAAAGUUCCAGCAAGGUCAUAGGAGACGGUACCAAGGAGGCCAUGAAAAUCAAGAUCAAAAUAGAGAUCGUGAACGAUCAUUCGAUCGAGGACAAGGUCAUGGCACACGAGGAAGAGGACAAGGAAGAAGUUACCAGGAGGAUAGAUCUCAGCCACAGUGUUACAAAUGUAAGAGAUACGGCCAUCUCAGCAAUGAAUGUUGGGAGACAUCAAAUCAAGUGGCAGAAAGAAGUAACUUUGUAGAAAGGGAGCAGUCAGACACUUCAACAGUCUUGCUGACGUACCAGGAAAGUGAAAACAAGAAUAAAGAUAUCUGGUAUCUGGAUUCAGGUGCUAGUAACCACAUGUGCGGCAUCAAGGAGUUUUUCACCGAGCUGAACGAGACAGUACAAGGAGAUGUCACCUUUGGAGAUCGUCAAAGAUUCCAGUGA